AUGAACAUCAUAAGGAAGUUUAUGGAGUCGGGGUCCAAACCUGAGGUGGUCAGUAUCCCGUCGGGGCAGCUGUAUCUGACGCGGUCGCGGCAGUCGCCGAAGUCAUCGAGCGAGUGUUUGUAUAACGACGCCACCGUCACGGUGCGUGCGUGCGCACGGUAUGCGUACGAGCUAGUGGUUCGCAAACAGGCAGAGGAGGAGCUGACCCCUGGCGCGGAGGACGACGACGAGGACGAUGGGCUGAGCGAAUUGUCCGGGCAGUCCACGGAGGACGAGUGGGUGUUCCGGCUCGACGAGACGCUGCGGUUGCACCGGCGAUGGAACAAGAGCGGCGAGUUGACAGUGGUGUGGCGCAACACGAAGGGCGACUGCGGCGAGAAGUUCCAAUUUGUGGUGAACUCUGACAUACCGCUGGGGGACGUGGAGGACUUUCUGGAGACUGUGUAUCGAUGCGAGUACGAGGCCAAGUACCGGCGGCUUGCCUCGGAGGCGACUGAGCAGGACUUGAAGCAGUUUGACUUUUCGUACCUUGCGAAUCACGACUCUGCGGUGUUCUUCAGCGACGACGAGACCGAGGUGCGCGAGCCGGAAUUCCUUUCCGCGCAAAUGGGAGCACUUGCGAUUUCGGAUGACGACAGUGAUGAAGACCCCGAUCUGUACGAGGAUGCGCUAGAUGAGCCACAGCCGAGACUGCACACGAAUCCGCCGGGCGUGGUCCGCUUUCUGCAAUAUGGAGACUUGUCGGUGUACGACCCGAUGACCGGGCGUUACGCUCUGCAGGAGCGGAAUGUCAACGUGGCGCUGCUACAGGAUAACAAGCAUCGUUACGUAUACAUCGAAGGGUCUGAAAUAAUUCUUGCUGUUGAGACGCUGCCAGAGGUGAAUCCUUUCCUAGAGGUGGGCAUAAGGAGCUUUCUCUUCAAUUAUACACACGAGGGUAUUGUAUUGUCCUACAAGGUGAAAUUCAAGAAUGCGGCAGCAUUCACCCACUUCCACCUCCACUGGACUAUUGCCCUGUGGGAAAUGUCCACAGGACAAAAGUGGUCAGACCUCAGCGAGACGGAACAGAACUACAUUCUAUACUCCACCUCGGGCAAGAAUGAAGAACUAGACGUAUUCUUGGAAGAGCCAGAGAACCAGAACGAUACACUUGGUGAUGCUCAGAUAGGGACCGACGAGCAAGAAGAGGAAGAGGAAGAAGAGGCAGAAGGCUCCAAUCUGCUUAUAUCGUCAUCAAGCUUUGGUGAUGACGAGUACGAUGAGCGCAGAGCAGAACGGGAAUACGAAGAGUCUACUUCAAAUGUGGGCAAUAAGGCACUUGCGGUGGGGUUCAAAAGCGACCGUACAUUCGUGCUGCGUGGUGAUAAGAUUGGCGUCUUCAAGACGUCUGAUGCUGAUUCGCUGGAUUUCGUUACUGCAAUCAACGAGGUGUCCGAUAUCAAAGGCAAUGUGCUCAACCCAAAUAGCGCUAUGCUGUAUACUGAAGACCGUGCCUUGAUAUUACAGGAUGAAAAUCACAAAGAGAGGCUAUUCAAGAUGGAUCUUGAGAGAGGCAAGGUGGUUGAAGAGUGGGUUGCAGGGGGACGUGACGUUCUCCAGAUCGGUCCCAAUAAAAAGUUUGAUCAACUCACAAGCGAGCAAACAUUCUUAGGUAUUGCACCCAACAGCGUUUUCCAGAUGGAUCCAAGGCUCAGUGGCCAAAAUAAGGUGGUGUCAUCAUCGGAUUACAGUUAUAGUUCUGUAAGAGAUCUGCGCUCCUUGUGUACAACCCAGCUCGGAUAUGUUGCGGUUGGCUCCAACAAGGGCGAAAUUAGGCUUUAUGAUAAACUCGGGAAGAGGGCAAAAACUUUGAUUCCUGCUCUAGGUGAGCCGAUUAGACAUUUAUGCGCUUCUGCUGAUGGUAAAUGGUUACUAGCAACAUGCAAGAGCUCUAUCCUUCUAUUUGACACUGAGGUGAAGGAGGGGCGGAAUGCUGGGGCUCUUGCAUAUCAAAAAUCCUUCUCCCAGGGAGCGUUACCCCAGUGCUACGUGUUAAAGGUUGAUCCAUCUACUGCCAUUUACAUGCAGACUGAAACUGGUGCCCCAAUCGAGUUUACGAAGGCAACCUUCAAUACUGGCUUAGAUACAAAAGAACAGACGAUUACGACAUCUACAGGCCCUUUUGCAAUGGUAUGGCCAAUUAAGAGCAUCCUACAGGGGAAGAAAACGCCCUACGUCAUAAAGAAAUAUCACUCCAACGUUACAGAAGAAAGCUUCAAGUUUGGUUCUGAUCGGAAUGUCAUAGUUGCGUUGAAGGACGAUAUCUCCAUGGCGAAGAAGAAAUCCUUCAGGGCGCCCUCUAGGGCCAUGCUCACAAAAAUGGGGAAGCAAAAGUCGCGGAAGGCUUCGAAAGAAUAG